CUUGCAUAUGGUUUGUAAAAGUUCAACAAAAUCAUGCAUCUUUGAGCUAAGUUGCUUUCCAAAAGAAGUCAGGAAUAUGUAACUGAUUUAUGUAGCUUGUUAUAUUCUUCUAUCAGAUGCACUCAUGGGGCGGAGGAUCCAAACUGUUAAAUCCAAACAAAUCUGCAAAGUGUAUUACCCUUCUACAUGGGAAGUUAUACAGUGGAUGCCAGGAUAAUAGCAUUCAGGAGAUUGAUUUAGCCACCGGAACACUUAAUACAAUUCAAAGUGGCUCGAGGAAAUUACUGGGGAAAGCAAAUCCCAUCCACGCAUUGAACAUUCGUGAUGGGUUGCUAUAUUCGGCUAGCUCUUCCUUGGAUGGAGCAGCUGUAAAGAUAUGGAAUGCUUCAAAUUACAGUAUGGUUGGAUCACUACCAUUGACAUUGGAGGUGAGAGCCCAUCACAGUUUUCUGGUGGGCUUGAACACUCAAUUACCGGUUGAAGAAGCGUGGAUUAGUCCGACCCAUUCCACCUGGGACUCGUUGUGUAGUAACUGUAUCAUCAAUUGGCGCCGUCUGUGGAAAAGCUUUGCUUCUCGCGCCAGUUGUGUUCACUGUCGCCGAAGACCCAGUUCCAAUAACCCUUUCUCGCUACCCAUCGAAGUGUAUGGUUACGACUAG